UCCCUAGCAAUCAACACACAGAAAACUUCUCAACUCUUCAUUCAUACUGAAGCUUUCUCUGGUGUGAGUGAGGACAAGAGAUGAAGGGUCUUCUUCUUCUUGCUGUUAUUGCAACUGCCUAUCUUGCAGUGGUAGUUUCAUCUGAUGAUGAUCAGUACUGGGGAACUGCUGAAGAAAGAGCAAAAAUCAUUCAAGAUGCUAUAGAUGAGGCCAAGGCUUAUGCUAAGAUGAAAGAGGCAAGGCAAGCAGCUGCUCUUGCUGCUGAAAAGAAAAGUGGCAGAGGACUUACUGCCACCAAGUUCCUCGCUCGUGGAUUCAAGAAACCAACUCAGAGAUCUCUCAUAAAUGGAAAGGCUCGACUCUUACUGGAAGACAUGGUCGAUAGGGCAGAGAGAAAGCUUUUGGAGCUAAAGAAAUCAAAAACUCCUGCUUCAAGCCAAGAGAUGGCUAAUAUCCUAGCAGAGGAGCUGGUCCACACUCCUGGAUCACUCCUCAAGGAAGAUGAAAUGGCUAAGAUCAACCUGGAGAUUGAGUGCGUGAAUGAGAGGAGAUUUGCCCGAAGGUGCAGUAGGCUACUAAACGUCAACACUUUCAGAACAAUCACUGGAGUAUGUAACAAUGUGAAUCAGCCUUUACUGGGUUCCUCUGGCCGUCAGUUCAGACGACUCAUAAAAGCCCUGUAUGAAGACGGUGUAGAUGCACCGAUUGGACGUAAGCAAGCUCAGAAAGUCUUUGGUAAAGAUCCAUUUGAUCCACCAGCCCCUAGUGCUAGACUAGUCAGUUCUUCUGUCAUCAGUCGUAACUUCCGUAAUGAGAAACCACUCACACACAUAGUCAUGCAGUGGGGCCAGUUCCUUGACCACGAUCUUGACCUUGGGCCAGAGAUAGAGGAGGAAUGUGAGAGCUGUAAGUUUACUGAAGUCUGUGAGCCGAUUCGUGUCGCCCCCACUGAUCCAAAGUUUGGCCUAGGGACCGAGCAAAACGCCGACUGUCUUUUAUUCCGUCGUGCUGUCCCUAUAUGUGAACCUGGGAGCAAUAGACAGAGGCUAUUGGAACCACGCGAGCAAGUUAAUGACCUCACAUCUUUUAUUGAUGGCUCCAUGAUCUACGGAUCAAACAGGAAGCAAGAGAGAGCAGUCAGGGCUUUUCGGCGUGGACUACUCACGACCAGCCCUCCACCGACUGGGAGCAGACAGCGUUUGAUGCCUAGGAGAGGACUAAAUACCGAGUUCAUACAGUGCAGGGAGAGGGAGGACUGCUUUGUCUGUGGAGAUAUCCGUUGCAAUGAGCAGUAUUCACUAACAGUAAUGCACACUAUCUGGGUAAGGGAACACAAUCGAAUCGCUAAUAAUCUGAGAAGGAUCAAUCCUCAUUGGCCAGAUGAGAGGCUCUUCCAAGAAGCACGAGCCAUAGUAGGCGCCGUUAUACAGAAGAUAACAUAUUUUGAUUAUCUUCCUAGAAUACUUGGCGUUCGAGGAUUUCAGGCAACCAUAGGUCCUUUCACGAAAUAUGAUUCUUCCGUUAAUCCUGACGUACCCAAUUCAUUUGCCACAGCUGCUUAUCGGUACGGCCACAGUCUUAUUCGCCCGUUCUUUGACCGUCUUGGACCAGGAUACAUCUCAAGCCCAAGGGGAAGACUCAGUCUUGCUAGAAUGUUUUUCAACCCUGCCCUAUUUGAGGACGAUGCCGGGACCGACUCUCUUGUGAGAGGUUGGUUGACUCAGUCUCCACGGUUUGUGGAUGAGUUCCUUAACGGGAUAAUAACCACUCGCUUGUUUGAAACAAAUAUAUCCAUUGGUAUGGACCUGGCUUCUUUGAACAUCCAGAGAUCCCGUGAUCAUGGUUUACCAUUGUAUGCUUCCUGGAGGGAAUUCUGUCGAUCACGCUUUGCUAACAAAGGUAUCAGAGUUCCAUUCCAAUUCCAGAAUGCUGCAACUCGAGCUGAGUUUAUUAAACUUUACAGCAGUGAGAAUUUUGUUGAUCUAUGGAUAGCAGGCCUUGCCGAGAGACGAUUCUUCGACUCUGUUUUAGGCCCAACUUUUGCCUGUAUUUUUGGUAUCACGUUUUCAGAUGUGCGUGACGGCGAUAGGUUCUACUUUGAGAACCCCGGGGUCUUUACUGCUGGACAACUGAACCAGAUAAGACGGCAGAGCCUCUCCAGAGUUCUCUGUGACACCAGUGAUAACAUUGCUACAAUACAGCCUGAUGCUUUCCGUCAAUUCAAUGAUGGUCAGACUCGUGUCAGAUGUUCAGAUACUCGUGCUCUCCCUAGAAUUGGCCUUGGUCAAUGGCGUGAAACAGCCUGCUUCUUGCGUAUGUCUGUACCAUCAGUUCUUAGUAGGAGACCCUCAGCACUUUUACUGGCAAGGAGACUAGGAAAGACGUACACAUACACCAACAAUGUUCCUGGAAUAGAGGAAGAAUGUAUGCCUGUUCCUUGUCCCACUAGCACCACACCUGUACCUGUAUACGCAUAUCCAAGGAUUAGGGAUUACACCACUUGUCGUUUCACCUCUCGACUUCCUUCUGUACCAGUAUCUGGGGCACCGGCCAUUUUCUUUAACCGUGGACUUACUGCAGCUCAAGUAUCAGAUAGGAACGGGUUCUUCAGGACUGCUGCAGCGUGUGCAGCCUCAACUGUCAAUGCUAUUACUUUUACUUGUUCUAGUAACGUUAGGCAGGCUGGACUGGAGAAAGAGGACUUACAUGAUGCUGAUGCCGACCCAUUGGAAGAGCCAGACAGCCCUGACUCGCUCACCGAGAAGCCUCCAGGAUUUGACACCAAUUUUGCUGUAUUGACCAGUGCUUCUGAUGAGGUUGACCCCAUAACUGAGGAACACGAGGAGGAGAGCCAUUCCUCAAUGGAUGAAUUGGAGGAAGAGUUACACAACAAUCAUCAAGAGGCUGAAGACAAAGCGAAAGAUGCUCAGACACUCUCACAGGAAUUUUCGAAGGCCCUCGAUGAUCUCCGUGAACAGGACCAGCAAUGAUAACUGUUAAUAACUAGUUAUGACUAUUUAUAACUGGUAGCAAUGUUGUGUUGUGUUAGCAAUCGUUAUUUUGAAACUUGCAUUAGGUUUUUUGUUUAUCUUUUUAAUCAUUGUCUCAUUUUGUCUGUAUGAACUUUUUAAAUGAAAAACUUGACAAAAUUAGCAUUAA